AUGAGUAAAAUUGAAAGUAACUCAAAAUCACCAUGCACGACUCCGUCUGGGGGUCCCGGUAAAUGCAUCUCUCUGUACGACUGCAACGAACUCUUAACUAUCGUGAAUAAGCCUAAUAAAUCAAAAAAAGAAAUUGCCAACUUGAGACAAUCUAGUUGCGGGUUUGAAGGAAAUAUACCAAAGGUAUGCUGUCCAGUAGCCGAACAAUCUACAUCGUGCCUAACGCCAGACUUCCAGCAGGGCCAGUGCGUGGGCCUCUACUCCUGUCAAAGCCUUUUGAAUUACUUGAAACCUCCCAUCUCUCAGGAAUCUAUUACUUUCGUCCAGAAUUCAAGAUGUCAAGGCGCUGAUCGCUAUAGCGUGUGUUGCGGUCCACCGCCAAAUUCGACACCUAAACCUAUUUCUAACUGUAAAGACCAAUCAAGUACUGCGCCUCCUGACCCGGCUUCAGGGUGUUGUGGGAAACAGGGUAAAUGGGGAGACCGGAUUAUUGGCGGCAACGUAACAAACAUAGACGAAUAUCCCUGGUUGGCCCUCAUCGAGUACUCGAAGAACAACAAAGUCAAGCUUCUUUGCGGAGGAGUUCUCAUCAGCAAUCGAUAUGCACUCACGGCUGGACAUUGCGUCGUUGGAGAUGUGCUCAAAGUUGGUACUCCACGUAGCGUACGUCUAGGCGAAUACGACACCACAAACGACAUCAAUCAGAAAGACUGCGUAACUGUUAGCGGAGGCGGUAUAGACUGCACCGACGGCGCUAUCUCCAUACCAAUUGAAAAGAUCACUGCGCAUCCGAACUACAAUCCUUAUGAUACGAAGACCAGGCGACAUGAUAUUGCUUUGCUCAGGCUGACUAAACCGGCGCCUUAUUCCGAUUUUAUUCACCCAAUCUGCCUACCAACAUCCGAUCUGACUUUAUCACCGCCUUCCGGCUGGCAGCUGAUUGCGGCCGGGUGGGGCGCUAUCAAUUCCACACAUAGCCAAAGUAACGUGAAGUUGGAUGUGGAUCUACCUUUUGUGUCACAUUCUGUAUGUCAACCUGCAUACUCCAUCAGCCGUCGCAAAGUUAGCCUUUGGCAAGGUCAAAUGUGCGCUGGUGGUCAGGAAGGUAAAGAUUCCUGCAGAGGAGACUCAGGGGGUCCUCUCAUGUGGGAUAACCCUGGCAAAGACAAUAUCACUGAAGUUAUCGGAAUUGUCAGCUUUGGACCAACUCCAUGUGGAAUGGAGAAUGUGCCUGGUGUUUAUACGAAGGUGUACGAAUAUAAUUCUUGGAUCCGUCAGAAUAUUACACCCUAAAAUUUUAAAGUGAAAUAUAAAUAGACAUAGAAACCAUUUAUUGCAACGCCACAUUAUAAGAAAGAAAAAUAACAUGAUGACAUCUUUCGCCAGAGCCGGUAGCUGUAUCUAAGUGGGUGAUAAAACUUUCAUAGAUUUUUCAUAGAUGUCGCUACGAGAGUCGUUGAAAAACCAAAUACAAAGACACGACAACAAGCACAUAGAAAAAUUCGUGAGUUCCGCUGGUUCAUUUCCUUGGCUCAGUUGGUGUAGCGUCUGGCACGGUGUCCUAGAAGACAUCGGUUCGA